AUGGCGAAGGAACAGUUCAAGGAAAAGCCUGAGAGAAGAAAGGGCUUUAAUGUUGGCCCUGCCAACCUACCUGACGGAACCUACAGGCGCAAAGUUGUCAAGAUUAAAAAGUCUCUCAUCCACAAAGCAAAAGUCAAGAAAACAUUCUCGAAGGUCGUCUCCAAAGAUGAAUCAUCUACCGACCCAUACGCAGCCCAGGCGCAAAAAUAUCUCGAAGAAGCCGUAAUAUUGAAGGAGCAAGAGGAGAAAGAACGUGCUAGGAUACGGAAGGCAACAGAAGAGUCGGGGGAGAUGGAGAAAGACGCUCCAGAGCCCAAAGUCCAAAAGAUGCACCCAGAGCGACAAGCUGCAUUGGAGACUCCAGCACCAGUUGAAGAAAAUUAUCAAGAAGAAAAAGGAUAUCGCUCACGGCGACCCCCGAAGAAGCCCAAAACAUCAUCUUUCAAGCGCGAAGAGGAAUAUGCAGCAAAGAUUCAGGCGGAACGUGAGGCAGAAUUAAAGGAGAUUGAGCAAAAGAGGAGGAAUCGCGAACAUAAAGAAAGGGAGAGGCAGAGACGGAAGAACGUCAUGGGUGCCCGGACAGCGAAAGGUCAGCAGAAGCUGGGGAAGCAGGGCUCAAUGCUAUUGGAUAAGGUUAAGGCCAUUAUGGGCUCAUCUUGA